GAAAGCAAAAAAAAAGAGCACUCCGUGGUCGACAUGGUUGCUCCAACUCCGGCGAGGCCAUCUUUCUUUUGCAGAGGCAGUGACCUCCAUUGCACUGCCUCGCAGUGUUCUACGUAUAAACUCACUGUGUUCUAUUACUUUUAGGCACGACUACGUGGUAGUCCUCCCUGAAAAAGCGCCACAACCCUUAACCCUCUCUCUCUCUCUAAAAAGCAACUACUGCUUUCUGUUCCUCAUCUAAAGUUUGACUACCCCAACCCAAAAACAAAAAGAAAAUAACAAUCUGACAAUUAUGGCAAAAGAGCAAAAGCUGGAAUCUCCCCCUCUCCAGGACAAAGAGGAAGACAAGGAAGAGCUGGACCUGGGACCCGACGAGCCUGACCCUCCAUUGCCCUUAACAGUCACUUCCCGGGUAUUGUAUAUGUUGGGAGACAUAACGGCGGGGCCGGCAUUUAGGUUCAGCCAAUGGCUAGAUUUGGUUCGUAAACGUAGCGCCAGAUAUCGCACCUCUGGCUUCCCCCGCCUCAACUCUAUGCCUUCUCCUUCUUCUUCUAGUGCAGGGGAAGUUAUUGACGAUUCAAAGAGUUCUCUGCCUCCUGAGCAGAUUACGGAGACCAGCUUGUGGGAGAGGCUUGGUAAAGCUGCUAUGUUGGAUAUCGAGUCCAGUUCUUUCUCUUGGGAAAAACUUUCUUCGCUUCACCACACCGAACAUGGUAGUAGCAACGAGCAUUCUGAGGAUGAAAUGAACAAAGCCCUUGAGGUCACUGUGAAUUCUGGAGGAGUUGUCUUCUUUGCCCUGUUCAACCAGCCAGGGAACGAUGAUGCUUCUUCAAAGGAAGCAGCGGCUGUUAUAAAGAUAUCAUCAUCAAGGAUGGCCACACAAUCUGAACGCCUUGGCUACGAACUUGCAAAGUGGUUAGGUGUCCGAACCCCACAGGGCAGAGUCAUUCAUAAUUCUAGCCCGGAGUGGCUCCAGAUAAGGGAAGCUGCAGAGAAAGCAAAAGAUGCAGCAAGUUUAGAAGGAGACGAAGUUGGUGAAAUGACUUGUUCAGAACUUUUGGAAGCACUUGAACUUAGCCGAUGCCUCUUUUUUAUGAGUUACGUGCAUGGAUCUCCGUUACUAGAGAGCUCAAGUCCAUUUGAGUCACGGGAAUAUGCUGAAAAAACAGCAGCAGCCCUUGGUAGGGUGUUGAUGUUGGACCUUGUCAUUAGAAAUGAAGAUAGGCUCCCUUGCCGUCAGCUCAGAUGGCGUGGAAAUUCUGCAAAUUUUCUGUUGGCUGACAAAAUGGCCUCUGCAAAUAUAGAUGCACUGGCCGAAGCAUUUGAUUCUGCAAUCAAGCGAUAUAGACCAAGGGCGAUUAAAGCUCUUAAAAAGGAGAGAAGGGGGACUUCUGUUGAUAGCAGAUUGAGCCCUCAUGAUCCAGGAUUGGUUUCACAGGCCUCUGAUCUUUCUGAUAUCAUGGAAUCACCAAAAUCUAGUGAGAUUAGCCUAAGAAGUCAGAUGUCAAACGAAUCAGUUUUUUCUGAUUUUCACAUUGUGGCUAUAGACUCUGGUGUCCCUCGUCGACCUCCUGCUGGAAAACGUGCAAAUGAUCAUGCCAAUUAUCCUAAAUUGGUUGAGUUACUACUUAAUAGCUCUCAGUACUCCUCAAAUCUACUACAUGAAAUAACAGGAGGGAAAUUGGGAUCUCCUUUAGAGGACACCAAUGCAUCAUCAGAUAUAUUGACAAAUGAAAUGCAUGCCGUUGUUCAUGAAUUCCGUAAUGGAUUCCGAGCUGCUAUUAGGGAUCUGCAGGGAUUUCAUAUAUUUUUACUAACACUUCAUCAAAGACUGGACAGCUUAUUACGAGCAUUUUUGAACAUUAUGAAUAAAAUGUCAUUAGGGGAGUCUGAUAAAGAGGAGUUAGUGGUUCCUGAGUCACCUUCACAGGCUGCUGGAGCUGUUCAUUGGCCAUCACCACCAUGUAAGGAACGAUUUGUGAAUGAUAACCAUCCAGAUUUCAGUGAUCCAGAAUUGCAGAGAUGUGCUCCAAGGUCGUCAGCUUCAGGAAUUAGAGAAAGCUUAGACUCCUGUUCUUCCAUUUCACGAGAAAAUUGGCAUGGAAAGUUUUACAAAGGAAGUGGGGAGCCUGUUCGUAGCCUGCGUUUGACCACAAAGCUGCGUGACUUCCAUAGAUUUGCCAAGAUUGAUGCUGAGUCAAAUAAAGAAUUGGAACAGUGGAAUGAAAUGCUAAGAAAUGAUGCUGUUAGGCUCUGCCAGGAGAACAAUUUCAACACAGGGUUUUUUGAGGGUAGUGAUAAUAAUUGUGUUGUUGAUGCUUACGAAUUGAAGGUCAGACUAGAACAUAUUCUGGAGAGAAUUGCAUUGAUAUCUGAGGCUGCAAAUACAGAGAGGCCAUCUUCAAUUACAAGUAGCCUAUUCAUUGGUGGGUCCUUGGCUGCAAGAUCUGCAUUCACACUCCAGCAUUUAGGAAUUACUCAUAUAUUGUGUUUGUGCUCAAGUGAAAUUGGACAGUCAGAUUCUCAGUAUCCUGAACUAUUUAAAUACAAAAAUUUUUCUAUUCUUGACAGUGAAGAUACAAAUAUUGGCAGUAUCUUUGAAGAAGCUUCUGAUUUUAUUGAUCAAGUUGAACAAAUAGGCGGGAGAGUUCUAGUGCAUUGCUUUGAAGGGAAAAGUAGAAGUGCCACGUUGGUGAUAGCUUACUUGAUGCUUAGGAAGAACUUAACUCUGUUAGAAGCAUGGAAUGCCCUCAAACGAGUUCACCGCCGAGCGCAGCCGAAUGACGGGUUUGCCAAGAUCCUAUUAGAUCUGGAUCGGAAUCUACAUGGGAAGGUUUCCAUGGAGUGGCAACAACGAAAGCCAAUGAUGAAGGUUUGCCCCAUUUGUGGGAAGAACGCCGGUCUGAGCAGCAGCUCACUUAAGCUUCAUUUGCAGAAAUCACACAAGAAGCUGUCAUCAGGGAGCGUGGACAGUGCCAUGACCAUGGAAAUACAAAAGGCUUUGACGGCGCUCAAAAUUAGCCGAGGGGGAAGUGUCAGCCCUACACAGAGGCAGUCUCAUUCAAUAAUGGAUGAAUCGGAUUAGCAAGCCUUUAUAUCAGCGGGCGAAACUGUAAAGAUUAGGAUAUGCUUGUUUGUGUAUUUGUUUUCUGUCUUCUUGUUUUUUGUACUCAAGACAAAUACAUUAACAAACAUCUCAAAGCAUUCUUCAAAACAGCUGGAAAUAUUGAGAAGGUUAUA